GUGGGCGACGGCAGCAGCACGUCGAGCGCGGGCAGCGGCGGCAGCCCGGACCACCACCACCACGUCCCGCCCCCGCUGCUGCCCCCCGGGCCGCACAAGGCCCCCGACGGCAAGGCUGUAGCCACGCGCAGGUCCCUGGACGACCUGUCGGCACCGCCGCACCACCGAAGCAUCCCCAACGGCCUGCACGAUCCCUCGUCCACCUACAUCAGGCAGCUGGAGACCAAGGUGAAGCUGCUGGAGGGUGACAAGAUCCUUGCACAGCUGCCCCGCCCCUACGGCCGCCCGAGAAGCUGGCUUCAGCAGGCAGGCCCUGGAGAGUUCCGGACGCUUCGGAAAGGCUUCUCCCCGUACCACUCAGAGUCCCAGCUCGCAUCCCUGCCGCCCUCCUACCAGGAUUCCCUGCAGAACGGCCCAGCCUGCCUAGUCCCCGAGCUGGCCUCGCCCCCUGCCGGCUACAGCUCUGCAGGACAGAAGCCUGAGGCGGUCGUGCACGCCAUGAAGGUCCUGGAGGUGCACGAGAACCUGGACCGGCAGCUCCAGGACAACUGUGAGGAGGACCUGAGCGAGAAGGAGAAGGCCAUCGUCCGCGAGAUGUGCAACGUGGUCUGGAGAAAACUGGGAGAUGCCGCCAGCUCUAAGCCCUCCAUCCGGCAACACCUGUCUGGGAACCAGUUCAAGGGGCCUUUGUAGGGCUGUUCCUCCAUGGAUGUGGACUGGCCCUGCCUGGGGGUCCCCAGGGGGAGUGUCAGGCCCCAGACAUGGGCAGGCCCUCAUGCCGAGCCACUGUCUUCUUUUUCUGUGGUGAAUUGUACAUAGGAAGCUGCCCACUGUGGCCCGGCUGCCAUGGGUCCAACAUGCUGACGGCCCGGUUUCCAUCUCCCGCCUCUCACACACCAGCAAACUGGGAAGACGGGACGCUGCUGACUGUCCCCUGCGGCAGAGCGGCCUGGACAGCCUUGUUCCCGCUCUGGGCUCCA